AUGCCUGGUAAUUUUGGUCUUAAAGAUCACACAUUGGCAUUACGUUGGGUCCGAUAUAAUAUAGCCUCUUUUGGUGGCAAUAGGAACAAGGUGACCAUCUUUGGUCAGAGUGCUGGAGGCGUUUCCACCCAUAUGCAUUUAUUGAGUCCCCUCUCCAACAAUCUCUUCCAAAGAGUGAUUAGCAUGAGUGGUACGGCGAAUGUUCCUUUUGCCAUUACCAACCAGCCUGAGGAACAAGCUCGAAAAAUCGCGGAACUGUGCGGAAUUCAAAAUGCAGACCUUCUACUUACAUCCGAAAUUACUGAAGCCCUAAGAAAAGUCGAUGUUUUAAAACUAAUCAAUGCCGGCGAUGGCCUUAAAUAUUGGGAUGUGGAUCCCCUAACCAACUUCCGUCCGGUCGUAGAGCCUCCAGGAAAGGACGCGUUUCUAACUGCCUCGCCAGAGGCGCUGAUAAAAAAACAUGACUAUCAAAAACGAUCCUGGCUUAUUGGAACCGUCCCCGAUAAAGGAGCUGUGCGUGUUGUCAAUAUCAUACAUAAUGGCACAAUAUCCAGCUAA